AUGGAUGAGGAUCUGAUGGCUGCCCUUGAGGCGGCGGCUGCAGCUGCUGAAGCGCAUACGGCGCACGACAAUCUGGCUCAUGAUCUCUCCCAGGACCUCACUCAGGACCUUUCGCAGGAGUUUCCCAAUGGCCUACCGCAAGAUCCUCCGCUGAACAUCCCUCAUAGUCCCGAGAUCAAAGCCGAAAUAAAGCAUGAGUCUCCUAGCUCCGAGGCCCAACAAACGUCUCCGCUCAAACGACCCCGGACGCCGCACAUCGAGGACGAUCAUGAUCAUGGAGGCGAGAAGCGGCAAAGGACGGAUGGGGACGCAGGCAUACUCGAGAACCAGCACGAGACGGAUAGCGGCAUCGCUGAUAUGAAUGAGAUUGUGAAGAUGAUUGAAAUGGCCCAGCAAUCUGCCGCCAAGCCAGAGGCGCACGAGGACCACCCGAUGCCAGAUAUUCAAGACGGAGAUCACCACACAAGUCACGACAUUUUGGACCAUGGAAUUGACAUCAACAGCAUAAUGGCCAGCAUCAACAACAGCCUGGAAAGUGGCCACGAGGGCACCCACGACAGCGAGAUGCAUCACGACCUUCUAGACCAUGCCCUGUCAGGGGCGGACCUUUCCUUGUCCUCUCAGAUGACGCCCAAGAAAACGAUCUGGACAAACCCGGUGCGAUAUACGCGACAAACCCAUUUGCUCCCCACGCUAGGCAGGGUGGCAGUCGAUAUCUUGAAGACCCUGUCUGAGAAUUCGCUCGAAGACACGAUCGGGACCUUGGGAGAGCCCGAGUCCCAAGUUGCCAAGGAAUACGUAUCCCUCAGAGGCUUCUUUGAUGUCGUCAAGAAGCAGUUCUCGGCAGAUUUCUUGCUUCUAAGCGCAGACCAAUUGGACAUUACUAGCCCGGAGGACAGGGAUAUCCUCCGGAUCGCGAACCUGGCUACAACGUGUGUCAGCAUGUUCGGAGCGAAUGAGCUUACUUUUCCCGACCUCGAGCGGAUAUUCGUCAGCACGUUCAUACCCUAUGGACAGCAAAUGUCGGCCCAAGUUGCAGAACUGUAUCUUGGUCUGAAGACACAAAUGUUCCUGACCUUGCUCGAGGAGGAGCAAACAAAACCAAGGGAUCAGGUACUCGAGGAGUUAUUCGUAACGAACCAGAAGAGUGCGUUGGAGAAUCACCAUCCAGACCUGCCUCUGUCGCAAGCAGAGAUAGACUUCUUGGCCAACGCUGAGGAGAGGAAAACCAUGCUGUUCAACGAAUCUGGUGACGCAGCAAGUAUUCAGACCCUUAGUCAGCAAUUCAUCUACGAAUCUUGGCUCGAUCUUGUGAGCUCAUGGUUGAACGACAACAUGACGGAUAUUGAAAAGGUUGGAUCUGGACCCACAAGUUCCUCUGCUGCUGCCGACAGCUUGCCCCUAUUCGAUGGCACCCACGAUAGUUUCGACGGAGGGUUUGACAUCGAUGCUGCCAUCGCCGCAGCAGCAGAAGCUGCUAACAAUGCUGUGGGAAGUGGCGGCGACUCGUCCAAUAUCCAUGACGACCUUGCUGCUCUCUUGUCGCGUGCGACCGAACAGAGCCACACCCAAACAGAAAACACGGGCAUCCCCUCUACUGUGAUGACAUCGAAUGAGAAUGCUAUCCAGACUCGAGACUUGGCAUUGCAGAUGGUGGCGCGGAACCAGUAUCACCCAACUACCGUGCCCCAGGCAAAUCCUGUACAGCCGAAUGGACAGCAGCAGUCAAACGGGCAACAGCAACAACCAUCCCAGAUGCAACCGCAGCAACAAUACUAUACAUACAACCAACAGCCCAAUUCUUCUUUGCAGCAGAUGGGCGUACAAGGCGAGACUGUGGAGUUGCCUCCGGGUCAAGCUGCAGCCUCGGAUGUACUAUACGAGAGAGCCAGGCAAGCGGCCGCCGCUCGAUCAAGUACUCAUGCGCGCAGAGAAGGAUCGCACUCCACGCGGCGACCAUGGAGUCCCGAGGAGGAAAAAGCCCUCAUGUGUGGCCUAGACUUGGUGAAAGGGCCGCAUUGGUCACAAAUUCUACAGCUCUUUGGGCAGAACGGCCGGCUUAGUACGAUCCUGGCCGAGCGCACACAAGUACAACUCAAGGACAAGGCCCGAAAUCUGAAAUUGUUCUUCUUGAAGACCAAUUCGGAGAUGCCUUACUACCUCCAGUGUGUCACAGGCGAGCUCAAGACGCGUGCUCCUACGCAAGCAGCGCGGAAAGAAGCAGAAGAACGUGCUAGAAUCAACUCGGAAGGCGACAAGGCCCAUAUCAACGGCAUCAUGGCCCUGGGAAACAUGCAGAAUGGCCAUGGACAGAGGCCAAAUCCAACGCCCAAUGGAGCUAUUCCCAAGAGCACAACCCCGGGCCAAGUGGCAUCUCAUCCCCAAUCACAUCCCGGAACGCCACAAAAGACCGUUGCUGCUCACCCCAACGCGCAGACCCCGGGUAUCCCGGCUGCACAACCGGUGCACCUGCAGCACAAUGUGUCGCGCCCUCAGCCGCCCACAACUUCCCAGCCGCAGGGCCAGCAAUCCCGAUAUCAGCAGCAACCGCAACAUGCUCACCCUCCUGUGCAGUCCCAGCAGCAGAACCCUCAGCAACAGCAAGCCUUCCGGCAGCAGCAGCUGUCCCAGCACGCGCAACCGGCGCAGUCACAAGCACAGCCACAGCCUCAACCACCGGUACAGGCGCAACCUCAAACUCAGGCGCAAACAUUCUCCCAUGUACAGCACCAGCAAGCACAUGACAGCCCUGCGCAGCCUAAACCUGAGGAUUGCGGGGUGAAACAUGAACCACUCAACGACGAAGAAGCCGGUAUACUAGAGCUGAAGCGUCUGAUAGAUCAAGAGGCCAACGCCUCAGCAGCAGCGGCCUAG